GACUUUCUGAGGAGCGGAGGGUCAGUUUGUCAGAGCACGCGCUGUCUGGAUGCGCUGAUGCGAGCGCUGCAUCCGGAGCGCGGCGGUGAUGCUCCCGUAUAAAACAGCCGCUGUAUUCCGGCACAGAGGGGGAUGCAUCAGUUUAACCCUCGGCUCUGCCCUCCGGACUCGCCCAUACAGCCUCUAGCUUGAGUUGCGGGAUGUGUGGCGCUAUGAUGAGGAAUCCCGACGCGUGAUAUUCCCGAGGAUCUCUCUCCGUGCGUUUUUUCUUCAACUUCGAUGGCUUGAGUGGCCCAUUUGCACUCAUGCUCGCAGCCGAGGAGGGAUGUAAGGCACGGGCCGUCCACCGCCCUCACAUUGCACGGAGUAGCGGCGUGAUUCAGGUCGCUAUCUGAGUGCCAGCACGAGAAAAACUACUUUCGAGAUGUGAAUUAUCGAGGUUUGCUACUCACCCGCCGGCUCGCCUGUCCUAUGCUAUCGACAACGGGAUUUCAAGAGGAAAAUGAUUGUGGCAUAAACUAUUUCUGGAGACGUCUGUCACAGAUAUCGCCGCCGAACUGGACAGGGUGGAUGGUUCUUUCCCAAGCACUUCACCCUUAUGUCUACUGCAUUCGUUUGUUGGAAACGCUGCCUAGUAUCUUCGAGAAGAGCUCAGGAGGAAUGCUGGUCCAAGAUCUAAUGCCAUUCACUUUAAGUUUCUGGCCUUUUUUCUUUGGUCAUUGCCUUCUCUCACUGCUUUUACUCUCGUGCCAGGGAGAACUUCAGAGGUCAUGCUCGCGGAGCGUGGCGGAGAAAGUUAGCGAACAGUGCCAGCUGGCAUGCCACUGCAGAAGGUACCCCCCCCUGCCGCCGCCGCCGCCCCCACCGCCUCCCCCGCGGCUGGGCAACCCAGUGGUGGAGCCCGUCGUGCCCUUGUUGAGGCCAUGGUGGACGGAGAUGGACAUCAUCGUGCUGGGAACAGUGGGCUGCGCCUCUGUUGUCUUCCUCCUCUCAGCCAUCAUCAUCUGCUACAAGGCCAUCAAGAGGAAACCACUCAGAAAGGAGGAGAACGGGACGAGUCGAGGGGAGUACGCCAUGAGCAUCCGUAACAAGAAGUCCAUCGGUACCAACAACACUGUGGUAUAGACUGUGUCCUGGUGAACACAGGCGGAGACAGAACCAUCACGUCUCUCACCUUCCCCCCAAACAACUAUUCUUUCCACCCCAGGUUUUCAAAUAGGUGAACCUCCCCUCUUUGCUUGGCACGAUGCCCAGACUGAAGACACUGGAGCUCCACAAGGAGCCUCGACCGAUGGAGGGGGGGAUGAUGCCGAAUAGAGUCAGAGACAGAUCCACAAACCCCCGCGGUGUCGAAAGUGGCGCCGCGUGUUGAACACUGUGCCGCUGGUAACAGCGAGUGUUGCUGACAGGCUGGUUGGCUGCCGACUGGAGAGGGACUGUCUGCCAGUCGGCCGCAGAUCCAGACCUCAUCCGCAGCGGAGCAACGGACAAUACGGCAGCGCCGCAGCGGCCGGCGAGCGGGGACGGCCCGCGCCACACAAGCAGAACCACGCAUGCAGCUUUUACACACAAUGCAACAUUUUUUAUAGCCCAGUCGUCACUCUGUCCAUCUUUUGUUCUCCGUUUCUGAGACAGAUGCUCAGCGAGAGGCAUUAUGUUACUGUCACUCCAGGCUCUGAGAUGUGGAUUCAUCUGACUAUGCAAUUUAAGGAAAUUCAGACAAAAGGCGGCGGCGGCGUCAGCGUGGGACAUUGUGGUUCUCCUGCAAUGCCAAAAAAAGCCAAUGAAGACUAGGGUUCAAUGUAAGAUACUUCAGUCAUCCAUGUAUUUAUUUCAUCUAUUUAUUUACGUAUCUACUUUUGAAUUUAUUUUUCUACUUCAAAGACAAGAACCUGUCUUGUAAUUUACACAUCUUGAUAAAUCGCAGACAUCUCGAUGAAUCCGUUUGAUUUCUUGAUAGCUCUGUUUUUUCAAGUGAAUCAUUUCUGAAUCGUAUAAUUCAUUAGUGUCGUCCUGAUGCUUUGCGCCUGCUGUCGGUUUGUUAGGACGCUGAUGCAGAAAACGUGCUUGCUCUGCGAUCUGUUGUUCUGUCCUGAGGGUUUGAUGAUAUGCUCCCCUCUGUUUCCCUGAGACUUCUGCUGAACUCGUGAAGGGUCUCUACGAUGUGAUAUGCGAAUGUGUGGUCUCUGAACCUUAUGUGUGCUCCACACGCCAGUCUCCAUUUUGAAUCUGUUAGCUCAAAGCCACCCCCCCCUCAACAUGUGGCGCGCUUUCACCCGUCAUCUGGCUCAGUCUUGUUGAGGGGUCAGCGAGAUGCCUUCAGCCAUGUUUUGUUCCAAUCAGACCCUCCUCACUUUUCCAUCUGUCACGAGGGGCUUCGCCCAUCACUGAACCGGGGCCUGAGCCCAGGUUGACCUUGUGACUGGUGAGAGACUGGAGACUUGGCCAAUAACCAGAGAUCAGGUUGCACACUGGCCUCUGCGGGGAUGUGUGUGUGACUCACUGCUGUCACAAGCAUCGUCCACCCCCCUGGAAAAACACAACUGAGCUGAACUGGACGCUGCUCGGCUUUUUUUUUUUUUCAUUAAAUCUGCGCGCGUGUGUGCGUGCGAGUCUGUCUGUCUGUCUGUCUGUCUGUCUGUCUGUCUGUCUGUCUGUCUGUCUGUCUGUCUGUGAGUGUGCAUGCAGAUGAGUGCACUCAGAGAGAGUGGGAUGUGCUCUGUAACUCUCAGUUAAGUAUCGAUAUUGGCUAAACUGUGGAAAUUUGGGAAAAAAAACACAUGCUUGCACCUGAACAUGCACAGGUAUUAGUGAACCGUAUACUCCCCAUGUACCUAUAUGAGAGAAUCGAUGGAUGCAUGAAUGUAAAUAUUGAUAUUUAAAUAUCUGCCUUCUGGACUGUUAAUUCAUGUACAGUAUAACAGAACAUAUGUUUAUACAUAGUCAAACUUAAACAAUGUGCUACCAUUUAGAUUUAUGUCAAUGUUGUCAUGUUGAUGGAGAAAGCCAUUAAUGUAUAUAUGGCAAUCAGUAGUACACAUGCAAUUUAUGCAUUAUACCAAACAGAUAGAAAGACGUGCAUAAGUUGAUUCCAUUGCUGAAUUUUUCAAUUGUAAAUAAAACUGUACAUAGCAACAGA